UGUUCUGAUCAGUGCAUUGUCAGUGUUGCGUUGAUAUCGUUGUGAGUUCUGUGAUCUGAAAAUGUCUUGCUGUGGUGGAAACUGUGGUUGUGGAAGCGGCUGCAAGUGCGGCGCUGGAUGCGGCGGUUGCAAGAUGUACCCAGACAUGAGCUACACCGAGACGACAACCACUGAGACUCUGGUUAUGGGAGUCGCCCCGGUGAAGACUCAGUUGGAAGGAGCCGAGAUGGGCGAAGCCGCUGAGAAUGGCUGCAAGUGCGGGCCUAACUGCACAUGCAACCCCUGCAACUGCAAGUGAGAGGAAGAAGAAGAUGAAGCUAGAAGCAGAGAUGGUUCCUUUAGGCGUUAUAUCUAAUAGAAUAAGCGAAUGUAAGACGUUGUUGUAUUGUGCUCUGGAGUGUUAGAAUAAGGUGGUUAUGGCACGACUAAUUACCUCUAGCUAAUUCUAGAUUUUCUAGGGUUUUCCAUGUGCGUGUUUUCAGGUCAUGGCUGCUUUAACUUGUAUUGUGUUUUAAGGGUGUUGUAUAAAAGCUCAAAUGAAACUGGGCAUCUCUGCCUUUUAAUGGAAUCAUAUUAUGGUAUUUGA